AUGAAUACCGAAAGAUUAGAAUUAGCGGAACACAUCGCUCAGGUUGGACAUGAGAUCAAUUGGAAGGCAACUGUAAGAAGGGCCUCAUACAGUGAAAACACCAGUAGGCGGAAGAUUACGGAAGCCAUUGACAUCCCUAGGCGAGAAAAUCGAAUGAACGGAAGAUUGGAGGAUGGUAGAGUUAGCGAUAACUUUGCAUACUGCUUAAGCAAACCCGGGGAAAACAAGAAUAUAACAAUAUCGGCAAAACGGAGACACUUGGAUCAAGAAUCUUUCGCUAACCUGAGUACAAGGGAUCGCGAUGAGAAAAGAAAGGGUGGGGAUUAUCAGCAAUCAAGCGAAGACGUUGUCAGUGGGUGA